AGGGCGUUCUUUCUACGGACAGUCAUACAAGGGGUGGGUCCUGCAGCGCUGAAGGAAAACCCACCUAUUUCAUUGUUAGGGACGCGGUGGAAUGCGAUGGUUUGAUCCUGCAGUGCAGGGAGGGGAAUAGGGAGAGAAAGAGAGAAAGAAGAACAGCGAAGCCAGUUAGGAAGAGAAAAAAAUCCCCUGUCCCGCUGGUCAAGUCAAAUGAGAGGAAUCUUUGGAAGACUAGGCUACAAACCUUCAACAGAAUCAUCUUGUCGGCACCAACUUCGAUACCAAUCGUGUGAAUUUUGGGGGAUUACAGCGGAUGUUUCUCGUGGAACGGCCUGUGGAUGAGGUCCAUUGAGAGACUGAAGCCUGCUGUACCUGCUGGAAAGAAAUAAUAAGCCUCUGAUAUUUUGUAAAAUGAGUCGUGUUAAUCGGCAGCCUGAGGGAAUGUCUACCAAUUAAAGGAACAUCUAACCUGAAGAAAAGAGAGAGCAUAUAGGGAGCCAGUCUAAAACCCUCAUCUGAGACUUGAACGUCACCACAGGAGACAGACGACCACCACGCAAAUGUGGACCAUCCAAAACGUCAUCAAAUAAUAUCCUCUUUCUCUGAAAACGGAAGCAUAUAACAUUGACAACAAACCAUGUCUGAAUACAAAGACACCACUAACCGCCACCUGCGGCACAAGCUGCAGAGUCUGGGCCGGCGCCUGGACGAGCUGGAGGAGGCAACCAACAAGCUGCAGAAGUCUGAAGACGAGCUCCUGGACCUGCAGGACAAGAUCAUUCAAGCCGAGGGCAGCAACUCCGCCCUGCUGGGCGACGUCGAGGCACUGCGCAAGCGCCUUCUCAAGAUCGAGGGGAAGGAUGAGGAGGUGUGCAAGGCGGAGGAUCUGUGCCGCACAGUGAGGGAGAAGCUGGAGGAAGAGGAGAGCCUGACCCAGGAGUUGAAGACGGAGAUCGAGCGCCUGCAACGGAGGAUGGCUGAGCUGGAGAAGCUGGAAGAGGCCUUUGGGAAGAGCAAGUCUGACUGCAGCCAGCUGUGCCUGAGCCUGAACGAGGAGAAGAACCUGACCAAGAAGUUGUCCUCGGAGCUGGAGGCCCUGAAGGCCCGCAUGAAGGAGGUGGACACCUCCGAGGCUAAGCUAGACAGGGCGGAGCAGGCCUUAGCUGGGGAACUGGAGAAACUCAAGAGCUUCACCCAGGCGUUUGUGAGCGAACGCAAGCGUCUCUUGGAUAAGCAGCGGGAGGACGAGAAGCUAAUCCUGAAGCUGACUGAGAAGCUGGAGAGGCAGAAGAACAGGAUGAGCCCGGCCGACCCUGGUCGUACGGACGUGAGGGAGCUUCGCAUCGAAGACGACAUCUCAUCCGGCUUGACCAGCAAACUGGGCCGCAAGAAGAGCCUGGACUACAUGAAGCUGGAGGACGUUGGGUUGAGGAACAAGUCUGAGAACGAAAAGAACAGCCUAGAAGGCCAGGAGGACAACAAGGUGAAAGAGCUCACCCAGGAGGUUGAGAGGCUCAAGAACAGGCUGAAGCAGCUUGAGCUGCUGGAGGAGGACCUCAAGAACACAGAGUCCAAGAACGGAGAACUUCAGGAUAAGUUCCAGCAGGAGAGGAACCGAACCCGGGCCCUUAACGAGCAGGUGGAACAGCUCAGGAUGCAGCUCAAUGGCAGUGGCGAUGGCAGCAGUAGUCAUGGGAACGGUGGACCCACCGGUAGCCCUGCCAAGGUCCUGGAGAAUGGCAAAGCCGAGAACGAGGAGAUCAAUGUGAGGGGAGGGUUCAGGCAGGACAAGCCCAAGUACAGGAGUGCAGCAGCUGCAGAGCCCACCACUCCAAAGCAUAAGAGUCGAGAGCUGUCACCCCAACACAAGAAAGAGCCAAAACUGAGAAGCAAAGAACUGGCCCACUCUGAGGAUGGCUCUCCUAAAGCUGCAAGGAGGGCUCUCAGUCCUGCACACAAGAGCAGGAGGACCCCCAAGACCACUGCUGCUUCUGCCAUCUCUGCUGCCUCCGAUAACGGAGUGAAGGAAACUGGAAGAGGAGGAGAGGAGAGUAGCAGAGGGAUUGCCUAUAGCUCUGUGAGUUCAAACUCCACUGAUAGUAAAAAAGCAUCUGUUCUCAGUCGCUACCCACCAGCAGCAAACGACCAGAAGUCGUGGAAGUCCUCUCAGAAACCUGGAGAGCUUGAGAGUAAAAAAAGCAGAGUUGAUAAGUUUUCAAGACUGUACGUGGGUAGUGAUAGUGAGUCCAACAACUCUGAUGUUGUGCCAGAGAGCUCCAAUAAAACCAACAACUCUUCGCCUCCAGAGAAGGACACCUCAGACCCUGAGACUCAGGCGCAGGCCCAAGAAAGUCUCCCGGCAACCGGCCUCUCCAAGGCCAAUGGCUCCUUCAUCGCCUACAGAUCGCACGUCUCCUCUCUGCAGACCAGCGACCACGGGUCAGAAGGUCACUCUUCUGCCUCCGAGACCGAAUCCACAGGCUCCAGGCCCUCAGAACCAGAACCGGCGGUUGAGGUGUCUACACCAAGCAGUAGAACUACUCCCAAGUACCCCAAGUACACGCGUCUGCAGCAGGACUCCCACUCAGAGGGCUCGUCCUCCAGGAGUUCGAUUGACGAGGAGCUCCACAAGCCUAUCCUGGCCGAGGGAGGACCCCAGGAGACUCGCACCCCCUCAGGGAUUGAGAUUCACCGGGUCUGCAGUCCCCGCGAGGCCCUGAGGUCCAAGGUUGUCAUCAAGCCCGCCAUCGUAGAGAUUGAUAGGAAAGAAGUCAUGAUAUCCAGUGGCGGGGCAGAGCCUUUAACAACCAAUGGCAAGCCUAAGAUCUCCACUAAACCUGUUCUAGCGAGCAAGAUGACCAGUAGCAUUACCAUCUACCCUAACGACCCCAGCUCUUCUCGAAAUAGUAGCCGCAGCAGCAGUGUCUCCAGCGAACCUCCAACGAAAGAGCGACACACGUCCACCAGUAACAUCUUAAUUGGUCCAUCCAGCGACCACCGGGGCAGCAUCUCCAUCCCUUAUGAGAUCUCGAUCCCCAAGAGUGAGAUCACCAUGCGGCCGUGCCAGGACGGCGGGGACGACCCAGAGGCCCAGCGGGUGCUGGAAGCGGCCCGGGUGGUGGAGACCCACCUGCGCUCAAGGAGCAGCUUUGGCCUGCAGUCUCCAGAGACCACCUCCGACUUCAGCAACGACAUGGAGUCCGGGUUCGAGAGCAGCAGCAGCACGACCACUGUCACCAGCUGGCGAACCCACGCCUACGGGCCCGGCCCUGGGCGUGGGCAGGCCCUCAGCCAUGGUUCUCAAGAUGACAGCCUACCGGAGAUGAGGAACGUUACCGUCAGGAGCACCUGGAGGAACCGGGGAGCGGCGUCCGUGGAUGAGCCUGGUUACCGUGGCAUCGGCGGCAAUGGAGGCACAGUCAGAUCGGAGGGAGGGUCGGAGGAUGAGGCAGAGUCGGCAACCACUUGGAGGGCGUAUCGUGCCACCACCAUCUUGGACACGGAGGAGACGGCAACCACCUCUGCUGCCGGAGGAACCGCCCUGGCGUCCCAGCGCGUGGCCAAGCCGUCGCCAGCGGAAGUGUACAUGCGCAGGAUCAGCAGCGGCCGGGACGGGCCGGAGGUGACACGCCGCAGCAAGAGCUCCCCAUCCUCCACAGAUGGGGGCGUGCUGGGGAGGAGCGCACCCCACGAUCCUGUCAGCUCCCAGCCCUGGGGACGGACCCAGCCUGUAGCUGCUGAAGAGAGGGACCCCAGCCCCAGCCCAGCUUCCUGGAGGAGGGUACCUCCUGGAGACCCCGCCUACGAGCCCAGAGCGUCCCGGGCAGAUGGAGCCAGCAGGGGGGCCUCCUCCAGAGGAGAGCUGUUGUCCAGUAGAGGUCAGGCCGGUCGAGCGGAGGCUAGGACCAGCGCUGGGACGCAACACUGGAGCAACCGUCAGUUAGACAACUAGAGAAGGUCUUCUCCACCACUGGGCUUCAAAACGUCCAGAGUUCUCCAUCCACACAUCUCUCCAUCCAUCCCUUCCCAAACUGCACAAGGAUGAAAUUGCAUCUCCGACCAGCUACCAACAGCUGCUCCAUGACUCUUAACCAACAACUGCAUCUCAACUGUUUCUCUACAUAUAUUCAUUCCUGACCUCCAAAAUAGUCUGCACCUGCAACCUCCAGUGAUGAGCAGAAGCUGCAUCCAGCACCGUGGUGGGUGGAGGCUUAUUGGCUGGAGGUUGGGGAUGACCAGUCUUUAGAUCCUCUUCUGCUUCUCCUCCAGGAUGUAUCAUAAUGUAAUCUUCAGAUCUGACAAGGGAGAGGUCUCAGUGACUGGGGGGAGGCUAAACUGAGAGGAAGGGAGGGGGGAGAAGGGGAGGAGAGAGGCUUGGAGUAGGAAGGACUGGGAGGAUGGUUGCUUUUAGGGAGUGGAUUAUGAUGGGAGAGUGAAAUGGCAAUAGUCAACCUUAACACUUUGAAACUUUAACUGGAGCUGAACAGCUGCUCAGUGAAUGUGCCUCAUGGGACAAAAAUACGGGGAGCAAGUCACUGAGAAUGUAACUUUGAAUUUGCGUGAAUUGAUGAGUUUCAUGUAAACCAUUGCAGGGUCCAAUAUGUUUGCGUUCAGCCCUUCGCAGACACAUGACAAUGACAUGCAUGUACUGAAUGAUGAUACCAGUGUGGAGACCUGUGACUCUUCCAGCAUGCACUUCAAGAUGAAGAAAAACAGAGAGCUCUGCUUCUCCUUGGGCUCUUAACCAGCAUACUCACUCCAUCCCUUGCUCCACAUCAAACCUCCAUAUGCUACAGUGACAACAUGGAUUAACACUCAACCCAUAAAGUUUAUCAGUCCCUGUAUGAGCUUCAUUCUGUCUUGACCUCGUGUUCACAUUCUCAGUCAUUCUCUCUAUUUUACAUUCUCUUCCUCCCACCUCCUACCCCUCCUCUCAUAGCUACCGUAGCAGAUGUUCAGUAUGUUGGGACACAUGGCACUCUUUGAAUUAUGGGAUGGAACGCACAUAUAUAUAUAUAUAUAUCAAAAAAAAAAAAAAAAAAAAAUCAUUUACAAUGAACUAACCAUCUGUCACAAGACUACUUUUCCCAGGGUGCUUUGCUGCAGGGCACCAGUCAGUGUUUUAUGGCUGCCCUGCUCCUUGGACUGUGUGAGAAUCAAGUGGACAUGCAGGAGGAAUCGAAUGCUGGAUCUGGAGAAUACCAGCAUGAAUGGAUGUAAAAGAGGGCAUGAUGGCAGCUCUCUGUGCAUCUGUCUGUCUGCUGGUCUGUCUUGUCAUAGGAAUAAUGUCAAAACUUGGAUCACCACAAGGAACUAUUAGUCCAGGGAUGUGAGAUUGGGGUUCGCCGUGCGAAUCGUAUCAACUUCUCCUGAAUCUCCUGUUUUCUAUAGAGGUGUAUUUUGUUUAAAAUGUUGAAUCUGGAGUUGUUCUUGUUGGAUAAGGGUAAGAGGGAAGGAUGACUGUCCACUGGCCAGAGACCCAGAGGCCACAUGGUUGCCAUAGAAACACAUUUCACUAAAAUAACCUUACAGACAAAUCUAUUUUAACUCUUGACUACUCGCUGGAGAAGGUGCCAUGUUGCUUUUAGAAUGGCAGCUUGACAUGACCAACAGCUCGGUGGCAUGGCCUUGACAUUAGCCUGACCUUAGCUUGACCCUGGCCUGACCUUGUGCGCACCAAACUUGUAUCCUCUCUUCCCAGCAGAUCCUACAGAAUAAACAAUAUAUGUUAUCUAUGAUUAUGGAGUUUAGCUUAACGAUGGAACAGCAUUCUUCCCUCUGCUCCAAACCCCCUUUCGAGUGUUGCCAUGGAGAUGUUUCCAGCUCUAUAAUGACAGUUAUUAUGGGAUAUUCAGAGUGGUUGGGGUGGGUAGUUUUACCUUGAUGUUCUGGUCAGCCGUAUUUCCACUCAGCCUUACAUGUAAUCUACCAGCCUUUUACCAUCAAACUUCAGAUUUAAUAUUUAAUGUGUUAUUACAGUGGAAGACAUAUGUUCAUCUAUUCAUCGUGAUUGUGCAGUUUGGUGGUGGAGACUGGCGAUGUUGAAAGUCCUUCAGAUUUCAUAAUGUACUGAACGUAGGAGGGGAGUGAGUCAGUCACGAUGUGCAAUGACUAAAAAAAAGACCCUAUCUAAACAGCCCCAAAAUCACCACCUCAUUUUUCUGUCACAGUGGGAGGUGAUUGUUCUCUUGCACUCCACACAUAAAGAGGGUACAAGAAUUAGUCACUGAUUUCCAUAUUUGAGGAAUUCAUUGUCUUCAGCUUCGGUUGUGUGACUGUGCUAUACUCUCCUGUAGCUCUCUAGACAUGCAGAGAACAGUAUCGGUGCCUUGAGCGAGAGAGAGAGAUUUCACUAUUUCAGCUCCGAAUUUUUUCUUGUCAGAAUUUCAUGAAUGUUCAUCACAGAUUAGGUAAUAUUUUUACAUUUUUGAAAGAAUGUUUUGUAUAAGUAAACUAAUCUUUUUGUGGAUUCAAAUGAAGGGAUUUUCCAGAAAAGUACCAUCCUCAACAACAACAAAAAUCCCCCUAAAGCUAACUUUUUCAAACUUCAAAGGCCCCCUAAAAAGAAUGUAGCCUACACCGCCCAGAAUGUUCUGCCCUUUCGAUUUGUCUGUCCCAGGGCUCUGCUCAGCUCCAUAAAGUCUUAGUGCUGCCAUGUGGUCCUUUCACAGCUACCGGACGAUCUGUGAACAUGUGUUCAGAAAAAACACACAUCACUGGCUCAUCUCGGCCUCCCUCCGACUGCCUCACCUACUGGCCUUUGUCCCAGUUGUAGGAAUGUACUGCAGUAAAGCAAGGCAGUGUAUCUAGUCGGUGGCCUCAGAUUGAGAUUGAAAGGCAAGCCAAGCUGUCACCAUAGCGAUCCCAGUGUGUCUCUGCAGCUCUCCGAGUUUGUUUCUGGCUCCUGCUCUCUGGUGUUACCAGGAUGAGGACUGUCUCCCCUUCCAAAUGUGUAUUUUGACCUCAUCAGCUCUUCCUGUACAGUAGUUCUGAGAAAAGGGAGAGUACAGUAUUUCCCCCCUUCUUCCCCUCCCUCUCUACGUUCCUCCUCCUCUACCACCCUCCUUCCCCCCCACCCUCCUACAGGAAUGCCUUGAUUCUUAACGGCCGUGAUAUGCAUUGCUCUUUCUGGAGGCCGCUUUAUUGGCUGCCAGGACGUGGACGAGAGCUGAUGUAUGGCCCCUAGGUAACUGAUAGGUCAAAGGUCAGAGCUGCAGCUAAUCAUGUCCCUCCCUUGGCAUUCUGGCUUAUAAAUACAAGAGGGGGAAGCCAGACAGUUUGGCAGCAGCCAGUCCGACCUAAAACAGACCUGCUCAUGAGCAGUGCUUGUCUUGGCUGUCCAGACCAGCGCUUGUUUGCCCUGUCUUGCUCAGGCGUACUGGCUGAUCUGCACAUGCUUAGUGUCCGCAUUGGCAGUGCGUUUAUAGCCUUCUGAUGUUCCUGUUGUCAUGUGGGGGCAGACUGAAGUCUGGUUGGUAGCUCCUAGCUGAGGUCUGGUUAGAGGCCCCUGGGUGAGGUCUGGUUAGAGGCCCCUGGGUGAGGUCUGGUUAGAGGCCCCUGGGUGAGGUCUGGUUAGAGGCCCCUGGGUGAGGUCUGGUUAGAGGCCCCUGGGUGAGGUCUGGUUAGAGGCCCCUGGGUGAGGUCUGGUUAGAGGCCCCUGGGUGAGGUCUGGUUGGAGGCCCCUGGGUGAGACAUAUGUGGCUGCAGAUCUCCCUGGCUGGCUGAGGCUCAUCAACUGUCUGUCAGUCAUCAGAGUUAUGUCACCAGGGUUGGGUUUAGAUGGUGACCUUAUGAUGUAAUCUCCUCACACCCCUCUUCCUCCUCACCACACACGCCACACUACUGCCCCACAAACUGCUCGUCUCCUCCCUGACCCUUCACCCCUUCCUCCUCCCUGUAGACUCCCCAACCUCUCCCACCUUCGCGCCUCUCACCUCCUCCCCCAGCCCCAGAAGGGAGUCAGGGGUCCCAGGAAGAGAGCAGAGCAGCUGUCGGAAACCGUAGGUUUUAUGUGCUCGGGAGGGUCAUCCCGGAGACAGGCUUCAAAGAAAGGCUCUUUUGAAAGGGCAAGGCUGAAACUUCAUCCUGUCAUGCACGUCCACAUCUUCCUUACUUGGCCCCUAGGUACACUUGCACCUUAGUGGGAAGAUCCAACACACACACAUACACACCCUUAACCAUGCAUAACCUUCUCACACACACACUCACUCUCAUGCAAACUCUGUGAAGCAGCCCCUUUCAUGGCCUAGUGAAGGGUCAAAGAUGGGAUUUACCUGUUGGUGGUUGGUGACGAAUAGGAGGUAACGAGGAAAGGAGAGAGAGGCUGGAGUCUGAAGUUUGGAGUGUGAAGGAGCGAUAGUUCCAGCCCACACAAACAUGGUUACUAGACCAGUGUUCCUGACCAGUGUUCUCAAUUUCCGACCAGUCACACCUUAAUCAGAAUAACUUCCUGAUAUCACCAUUACUCACGUCUAAUGUAAUGUUUUUCAAAGCCGUAGAGACACACCCUGGUCAGGGCUGAUGCUGUUCAAAGGUCAGCGAUUCUAAAGAAUCUCCCAAAUGUUGUCUGGACGUUCCAGGUCAGAUCAUACCCAGAGAGAAAGUAUUAAUGAUAGACGGUCUGCUAAGAUAAUCAACAUGGAUGCUGCUAUGGAAAGAUAAGAUAUUAUGAGAUGAGGUGACAGACAAUAAACCGAGGAGAGGGAGAGAUUGGCUACCAUGUCCAUGACACUGGGCAACUUAACAGGCCCAUGGCCUUGGCCCAUGGCUUUUAAGUAUCCAUUAUUGUACAUAUUGUUGGUGUUCCUUCUGUUAGAAUGCAGUCUCGAAUGCGUUCGGCUGGAGGAGAGGUGGGCCUGAGGACCGAAGGGAAACGUUUGUGUGAAGUGACUUAGCUGUGGUCUUUAAAGGCUUCCAUUGUAAACAGAGGGUCAUGGUGUCAAUGAACGUCAGCAACACUAAUCUGCACUUAUCCAGCACUUAACUUAAGACCUUACACAAGUAAAGCUCCCCUUAGCCUUCUGUGUCAACAGUUACUCUGCAUUUCUCACAGUCAUUUAUUCCUCUCUCUCUCAUAUAUUAGAGAUGAAUGUACGGUCAUCAAAGAUGUGUAUAUAAGUCUGUAUAUGUGGUUUUGCACCGGCCAAAUUUAAAUUGGUAAAAAUGUUGCUUGGAGCAUUUAUUCUUUGAUAAACUACUCAGCAUAUUGCAUUAGGAUAAGAGUUGAGAACUCAAGUUUAUUGUACAAAUAAUGUAGUGAAUAAUUUUUUAAAGCUUGUGAUUACUUCUUGGGGCAUGGCACUUGAUUAUGUCUGUGUCUCUCAGCCUUUUAACAUUGUGCCAAAAUCAUUCCACAGUGUUUACAGUUUACAGUCGGUGACAGGGCCAGCGUUUCCACAGGUGGCUACCCUGUCUGCUAGACUAUUCUUACUGAAAUAAAGGGGAAAUAUUCAAUUUGAGUUUGUUUUUUUCCUUUUUGUUUUACGCUUAUGUAAUAUUUUUUUUUUUUUUUUUUUUGUAAAACAAAAGAUGUCUUAUUUUGGAAUCUGUAUCGGAUAGAUUUUAUUUAAUUAAAUCUUGUAAUUUUGUAAAGUGGGCCUCAUUGAAAUAUAUUUAGUAUUUUGUCCUCUUUAAUUUUGGAGGACGUUUUUUUUUGAGCUAUGUAUCUUUUCUCAUCGAUGCGCUCCUGGAGAGUACUUUGUUCCUGUCUUUUUUGUUUAGUUGUUUUAAUGCGAGCGAUGUCUCUCCUGCCUAGUGGGAUGUGACAGCGCUGCAACCUGGGUCACACAGAGUCGCGGUGGAAGGGGCAGGACCUGUGGCAUCGUCAUUGAAGAAUGAGAGCAAUGUGUGUUUUAUCAGAGCAGAGCACGCCUGCUCGGUGUAGCACACAGUCGACCCUAAGUCCUUCUCCAUGUGGCGUCCUGUUUUAUUAGUGUUUCAGGAAUCAGUUUGUCUUCCAGGUCCUCUGUUACUGUUUUCCUUCUCUCAUAAAUUCAGGGUUUGUUCAUCUUGUGUGCUGGUGUGUAAGUGCUGCCAAAGAAAGAGAUGUUCAGGCCUUGAGACACGCGCACACACACACACAUGGCGGCUAAAACCACCGGAUUAGAACCGCAAACAUUCAUGUGAAACUGGAUAUUGUCAAAAAUAAACACUCCGCUCACAUGCUGACAAACUCGUAAGAGGACGUUACGCCUGUAACAAUCAAACACGGACGUUUGAACCCAUGACCGUUUAUAAAUGGGUUGAUACUGUUUGUCUGAUGCUAGAAAGGGAACAGACAGUAGAGAAACAUCUUAUGAAUCAGAUCAAGAAGUGUUAUUGCUUAAUGGGCCUAGAUGCCCGUAACGUCUGUGUGUCAUACACAGCAAUCCUGCGUGGGACGAGGCUUCUUCUGUUUGUAGAGUAAAUACAUGGUGCAUGUUUAACCUUCCCGCCCUCUGCAUGUAAACCUCACUAGGCUGGCCAGCUGUACAGCCAACUAUGUAUUCCAAUUAAAAUUAAAAAAAGCAACCUGUUUGUA